AUGGCACUGGACUUUAUCGCUGAGCAUUUCACCGCAGUUGGUGAGCAGUUUGGUGAGUCUCUUAUUCCUGCUCAUCAGGCCUUGAGAUUAGGUCGACAGGAGAAGCUCGCCUCUUUGGACAAGUCAUUAUUGGUGGAGAUCUUGCGCUACUUAGCCGACCAUCACACAAUCAACAACGCUGGUCGUAAAGUUUGA